AUGAGGUACGUGGCCUUGCUGCAGGUCCUGGCAGCCAUAUUUUCCCACAGUUCGGGAACCGAUCAUGAGCUGGUCCGACAAGAAGCCGACAACGAUACAUUCAUACAAAUAUGUCCAAACCAGUAUUAUGAGGCCAUCAAUGACACCUUAACGUGUAUGAAUAUAUCCAAUCCUGCAGAGCUAGGAGGCUAUGGUCGCAGGAAUUGUUUCUCACUGACCUACACACCAUUGAGAGUCGGUUCACCGCAGGGCAUAUCUUCCGCAAGGAUUUUUGGCAGGCCGCUGAACUGUACACUGUACAAAACUGAAAACUGUUUGCCAGAUAGCCCAGAGAAUGGCUAUAUCAUCCCCCCUACCGGCGCGUCCACGCUACCGCUCCCCACCAAGACCGAUGAUGCAUAUGCUAUGGAUGACAAGUCCCAGGCCUUCGAAUGCAGGAAUGUCGAAGAGCCCAAUGUAGUAGUUUCAAGGAGCGUUGGGCGUUUUUAA